GCCUCGUGUCCAGGUCGUCCUCUGAGGCUCCGUCAGGAGUUAAUUGGACCCUCUGAAGACUGCGUGGACUUGGAUUAAAAAUCUGUAUUCUAGUCUGAACUGUGGGAAGAAGGGAUAGUUGGUCUGUGGUUUUCCUCCUUGAAGGACACAAUGUUUUCCAAACUAGCACACUUUCAGGCCGUUGCGGUGCUUCGUCAUGGAGUCCAUUCUUCAGUGGCUUCUGCUGCAUCUGUUACAACUAAAAGAACAGCCCAAGGCCCUCUAUCCUCUGAUUACAUUUUUGAACGGGAAUCUAAAUGUGGUGCACACAAUUACCAUCCUUUACCUGUAGCCCUGGAGAGAGGGAAAGGUGUUUACGUAUGGGAUGUAGAAGGCAGAAGAUAUUUUGACUUCCUGAGUGCAUAUGGUGCUGUUAACCAAGGGCAUUGUCACCCCAAGAUUGUGAAUGCCCUGAAGAGUCAGGUGGACAAAUUGACUUUAACAUCUAGGGCUUUCUAUAAUAACGUACUUGGGGAAUAUGAGGAGUAUGUUACUAAACUCUUCAACUACCACAAAGUUCUUCCUAUGAAUACAGGAGUGGAGGCUGGAGAGACUGCCUGUAAAGUUGCUCGUAAAUGGGCCUAUACUGUGAAGGGUAUUCAGAAAUACAAAGCAAAGAUUGUUUUUGUAGUUGGAAACUUUUGGGGUAGAACGUUGGCUGCUAUCUCCAGUUCCACAGACCCAACCAGUUAUGAUGGUUUUGGACCAUUUAUGCCAGGUUUUGAAGUCAUCCCAUAUAAUGAUCUCCCUGCACUUGAGCGUGCUCUUCAGGAUCCAAAUGUUGCUGCAUUCAUGGUAGAAGCAGUUCAGGGUGAAGCAGGUGUUGUUGUUCCGGAUCCAGGUUACCUAACUGGAGUACGAGAACUCUGCACCAGGUACCAGGUUCUGUUUAUUGCUGGUGAAGUACAGACAGGAUUGGCCAGAACUGGUAGAUGGCUGGCUGUAGAUCAUGAAAACGUCAGACCUGAUAUAGUCCUUCUUGGAAAGGCCCUUUCUGGUGGCUUAUACCCUGUCUCUGCAGUGUUGUGUGAUGAUGAAAUAAUGCUGACCAUGAGACCGGGGGAGCAUGGGUCAACGUAUAGUGGCAAUCCACUAGGCUGCCAAGUGGCCAUUGCAGCCCUGGAGGUUUGGGAAGAAGAAAACCUUGCUGAAAAUGCAGACAGAAUGGGUGCUAUCUUGAGAAACGAACUCAUGAAGCUACCUUCUGAUAUUGUAACUGCUGUAAGAGGAAAAGGAUUAUUAAAUGCUAUUGUUAUUAGAGAAACCAAAGAUUAUGAUGCUUGGAAGGUGUGUCUGCGACUUCGAGAUAACGGACUUCUGGCCAAGCCAACCCAUGGCGACAUCAUCAGACUUGCACCUCUGCUCAUGAUCAAGGAGGAUGAGAUUCAGGAGUCCGUGGAAAUCAUUAUCAAGACCAUCUUGUCUUUCUGAGGGCAGUAACUGUUUUCACUGGCCGUUGGGGGUCUGCUGCAGGCAGG